AAAAACUAAUAACAAGUCAGGCUCCGCGCCUCCUCCGGGCCAAGAAGAACAAGAACAGAACGUUGUAGAUCCACCUCCCUCUCCUCACCACACCGCCACCACCACCGCCACCGCCACCGCUUCCACUCUCUCCUUCCCUGCGGAGAAACCCAGGCGCUCCCGGAGCAAGUGCGAGACAGCGGAGGAGGCACAGCGGGAAGGGGGAGACGAGGGGAGGGCCCGAACCCUAGCCCCGGCCCGCGGGCUCCUCCUCCUCGUUGGCUGCGGCGGCGAUGGAGAUGGUGGUGGCGGCGCCGGCGCCGGAGCUUCCCGCGGAGGAGGAGAUGGCGCUCAUCCGGGACAUCACCGUCGCCGCGGAGGCCCACGCCAAGGAGGGCGACACGUUCUUCCUCAUCACCACCAGGUGGUGGCAAAGUUGGAUUGAUUAUGUCAUUCAAGAUUUGACUAGCGCGACAAGUAAUGGUUCUCAUCAUCAUGAGUUUGGCUCCAGCACUUCAAGAAGGCCAGGAGCUAUUGACAAUUCAGAUUUGAUAAAUGACACGGCAAAUUUGAGCUACAUGGAGAUUGAGCUACAUGAUACCUUGGUUGAGGGUCGUGAUUACAUACUGCUUCCUCAGCAAGUAUGGGAAAAGUUGCAUGGUUGGUACGGUGGGGGGCCAACAUUACCAAGAAAGGCAAUCAAUACUGGCUUUUCUCAAACUGAUUUAGCAAUAGAAGUUUAUCCUCUACGUCUGCAGUUACUUCUGAUGCCAAAAGGAGAGCGAGAUGUUAUAAGGAUAAGCAAGAAGGAUACAGUUGGUGAACUCCACAAGAAGGCUUGUGAGGUUUUUGACUUGAUACCAGAUGAGGUGUGCAUUUGGGACUAUUAUGGUCGAACGAAGCAUGCAUUGAUGGAUAACUUGGAGAAAACUCUUGACGAUGCUAACAUUCAGAUGGAUCAAGAUAUUUUAGUUGAGAUUACUACUGAUGCAAAUGGUAGUUUGGAUGGUGGAUGCAUGAGUUCAAUUCAAGAAAGUGAAUUUUUCGAGCGAGGAUCAACUUCUUUGGUUGCUGAUGCAUCAAAAUCAGAAUUGUCAAAGGAGUUGGCAUCAAACAACUAUGCUUCCAGAAGCUAUGGCUCUAGUCUGACACAAAACCUGCUGCGAUCUUCCAACGGUGACCUGGAUAACAUGCAUGGCACCAGUGGCAUGACCAGGAGGGGCUCACCUUUAGGUCUUACAGGGCUAAUUAACCUGGGAAAUACUUGUUACAUGAACAGUGCCAUACAGUGUCUCGUGCACACACCUGAGUUUGCCAGAUAUUUUUGUGAAGAUUACCACCGCGAAAUAAAUUGGCAAAAUCCGCUUGGUAUGGUGGGUGAACUUGCGUUAGCAUUUGGUGAGCUGCUGAGAAAACUUUGGGCUCCUAGCCGUGCCCCAGUUUCUCCUCGACCAUUCAAAUUGAAGCUUUCUCGGUUUGCAUCUCAGUUCAGUGGUAACAACCAGCAUGAUUCUCAGGAGUUGUUAGCGUUCCUCUUGGAUGGACUCCAUGAAGACUUGAACCGUGUGAAACAUAGACCUUACAUAAGGUCGAAAGAUGCUGAUGGGCGAUCAGAUGAAGAGGUUGCAGACGAGUAUUGGGCAAAUCAUAUUGCUAGGAACAAUUCAAUCAUUGUUGAUGUAUGCCAGGGGCAGUACAAGUCAACCUUGGUCUGUCCAGUCUGUGGAAAGGUUUCAGUGACUUUUGACCCAUUCAUGUAUCUUUCGUUACCCCUACAAUUCGCCUCAACACGAAGUAUGACUGUGGUGGUCUUUUCAUGUGAUGGGAGUGCUCCGCCAACACCAUUCACUGUAAGUGUACCGAAGCAGGGUAGGUGCAGGGAUCUUUUCCAUGCCCUUAGCAAUUCAUGCUCACUUAGAAAUGGGGAGAGACUUCUGAUUGCCGAGAUACGAAAUCAUAGGAUCUAUCGUUUUCUUGAGGAUCCAGUUCUCCAACUGUCUACAGUUAACGAUGAUGAUCAUCUGGCAGUUUAUAGGCUCCCAAAACUGGAAAAGAGGGCAAAUUACAUUCAGUUUGUGCAUCGUCGCGAAGACUUGGACCAUGGACACAAUAGCAGCUUGACAUCUUGGAGACCCUAUGGCAUUCCUCUUCUUGCACAAAUAUCUCGUAAUGAAACAGUCACGGGUAAUGACAUUCACGAGUUUGUCCGUAAAAUGCUUGUGCCCAUGCUAAGAAAUCAGGACACUCAGCAUUCGGCAGUUCAAAGUUCUGUUUCCACAAGAAUGCAAAGUUAUCAUACCGACAGUAGCAAAUUUCAGCUAAAUUUGGUUGAUGAUAGUGGCACAGUCAUUGAGAAAUCGGAUGAUGCUAUCAGGGUCCCGCAGUCUUCACUUGCUACUGUAGUUUUCGUGAAUUGGUCCAAGGCAGAUCUGAAAAAGAUUGACGCUCAUCAUUUUGAGAACCUUCCGGAGGUGUUUAAGUUUGCUCCUCCAGCCAAGCGAACUCGUGGUGAACCUCUCUCACUCUAUUCAUGCUUGGAUGCUUUCUUGAGAGAAGAACCUCUUGUACCUGAAGACAUGUGGUACUGUCCAAGGUGCAAGGAGCAAAGGCAAGCUAGCAAAAAGCUGGAUUUGUGGAGACUUCCAGAAGUGCUAGUUAUACAUUUGAAAAGAUUCUCAUUUAGUAGAUCAACAAAACAUAAACUAGAAACUUUUGUCAAUUUUCCAAUACAUAACUUGGAUUUGACACACUAUAUUGCCAACAAGAAGAGUUCACACCGCCAAAUCUAUGAGUUGUAUGCUGUGAGCAAUCAUUACGGCAGCAUGGCAAGUGGGCAUUAUACCGCAUUCAUAAAGCUUUUGGCUGAGAACCGGUGGUACAAUUUUGAUGACAGCCAAGUUUCUGCCAUGAAUGAAGAAGAUGUGAAGUCCGGUGCAGCUUAUGUGCUGUUCUACAGAAGGGUCAGAGAGCAAGAUGAAGCAGAUAGCAACGGAGCUCAGCCAUCUGUGAGUAGAAAUCACAGAUCUAGCCAAAGAUAGUCUCAUUCAUUCCCCAGGUUUGUCCAACAUAGGAGGAUUUUGAGUAUGAAACCCUGCAUUUCUUUUUUGAGCGGAACCCUGCGUUUGUUUUGUACUGCACAUUGCAAGGAGUAAGAGAUACCGUUAAUAUGGCUUGGAAAGGCAGGCUUCAUGGAGUUGUCGUGAUACAAUUAUUCAGGCAAAGUUUGUGAAAGAUUAUUGCAAACUUCUGCAGCAGUGGAGAAUGGAGUAUCGGGUGAUGCAGAUUCAUGAUUGCACAAGGCGGAUGUAUGGAGCGGUUAACUCUUAUAAAAUGCAUAUACAGCUUGAGUAGGUAGGUAUGAGUGGGCGGCAUUUUGUUCUGGUUGUAUCUAGAAGAGGGUAACAAAAGGGAGAAAGAAAACUUUUAGGGCGCCCUUUUGUUCCAUUUUUAGAUCUAGUUACUGUACACUGACUGUUCUCACACCGUGAAUGUUAGAUGUCCGAGUCUCGUAGACCAAGGGAGAUGGGUGCCAGUAUUGGUUUAUGUUUGUGGUGGCCAAGCUAUGCCCAACUACACCAGAUUCUGGAACCGGAAGUGGGCCUUGACACUGUCAGUUCGUUAAACAACAUUAUGGUGUUUUGUUGUUACAGCAAGAAUUGUAACUGUGUUGUAAUUGUAUUGUAUUGGCAACAGACCCCAGAUUGUAAAAUGUGUUGCGAGUGCUGAGAUCUUAAAACCAUAUUUUGUUUUGUUGCCCUUUGCUCAUUU